CGUUUCUCGACGCGCGGCGACUCGGUCGCGCUGCUCCUGGUGCGCGAGAUAUAGCGGGGCACCCCGGUAUUGUCAAGAUGGAAGACGCACGGGGCUGACCGCACCACGGCUCAGUAUGGAUUUCGCCGCGUCGUGAUUCCGUGCACGGUGCCGCAACGAGAUUCCCCGGUCCGUCCCGUUCCAAGCGCGCGGAAGAGAGAAAGAAAGAAAGAGAGAGAGAGAGAGAGAGAGAGAGUGUGCGUGCGUGUGCGAGGAAGAGGGGCGGCAGGGCUCUCGGCCGCAUCACGACGACAGUGCAUCGCGGUUCGCGGGCGGGGGCAGAUGGUGUCGCGCCGCGGGCGCGCGGUCGUACGGCGCGAUCGAGCGCGGUAAUGAGAGAGCUGUCACGGGCGAGCAACGGCGCGACGGCAACGGAGCGAGCCGAGCGAGUCCUCCACAAUGGUGGAUAACAGUUGCAUCAUCGAGGGGAACGUCAAGUUUCGCGAUGGCAAAAAGUGGAAGUCGAGAUGGUGCGUUAUGCGGAAAUUAUCGCCAGUAGCAGAUUGCUUGCAUUUGCAACUUUAUGGGGACAGUAAGGAUCGUUACAAGCAAGGCCAGACAAAAGCGUCCCUAAGCUUGCAACACUUUCUGGGAGUGGAGAGUGGUUUCACACUCGACAAAGAAUCCAAUACGAUUGCUAUAAUUUGCCAAGACGUGACAGUCGUUCUCGCAUUUGAUACGCGAGAGCGAUUGAUACAAUGGCAAGUUAAGAUCUCGAACAAUUUAGGCGAAGAUCAGCAAUUCUUGAUACUCAUCUCCUCGGUACCAUCGAAAGCGAAGUUCACUAAUGGACCGGCGCACUUGCACAUUCAGGACCGUCGCUUCUGCAUCACCAUUGGUGUGCCUCCUCGACUCGUCAGUAUCUGGGAAAUCGCGCAUCUCCGACGAUACGGCGUAGUCGAAGGCAGAUUUUGCUUUGAGGGUGGUUCGAGAUGCGGUCGGGGAGAGGGGCUGCAUGUUCUAAUAACCGAUCAGGGAGACGAUAUAGUCAAGACGCUGCAAUUGGCUGCCGAAGGAAAGCUGACUACGAAGAAGCGAUCUCCGCUUGGUAGAGAACAAUUGUCGAGCCAGGACAGUCCAGGGCGACGCCAGUGCUCCCGUGCUGAGACUAGAGCCAGCGAUUUCUUUUCUUCGACCGUGUAUUCAACGUCGACGUACGAGGAGCAUUGUGACAGCUGCAAAAAUGAGAGUUCGCCGUAUUGGUCAUCUGCGGAGAGCAGACAGCAGACAGAGCUCGACGGUGAUUACAGCUGCAGAGACACGAUGUCCAUUUCGGAACUACCUGAUCAGCAACCUGGCGGUGAGUGGCGUAGCUAUUCGCUCACUCGUCAGGGUGCUGCGGGUCUUGAGAGAUGCGCGAGUUGCAUCAGUAAGCUUGGUACCGUUUCGAAAUCGUCCACCUUGAUCACCACUGCCAUAAGCGGUAUAAGCAGCCCCGCUGCGAGCACGUUGAACAAUUUAGGAUGUCACUUGCAGCCCCGUACCUUUGACCGACUCUCCCUGUCCUCUUACAGCAGCAGUAGCCAUGAGAGCGAUUAUUCUAGCUCUCAACAAAUCGAAUGCCAGUGUGCGCAAUCGAAAACCGCCCAGUCUCAGACGGCACAGACGACGGCUCGUCAAAUGUCACCGAGCCCGAGUACAUUACCGCCGAGACCGCCAAAACCGUCCCAACCGCCCUCAGUAUCAACAACCAACGAGUCCGUCACUGCCAGCCAGUCCGUCACUGCCAAAAAGCCUAAAAAACCACCGAUGCCACUGCCUGCCGAGCAACAAAUCUGCGUACACGCUUGGAAGCCCCAACAAUCUCAACAAACUCAGCAGGCUCAGCAACAACCUCAGCAACAAUCUCAGCAACCCGUAAUUCGUGGCGCUGCGGGACCUUACGAGAACUACGAUAUUCCCAAAACUAUUUUGGGACAUCACAUGCUAUUGGAACAGGGUCCGCAACCGGAGCAGUAUUACGAUACACCGAGAAAAAUAAAAGAAUGUCUUACACUGCCGAAAACUUAUCCUAAUUAUGACACACCUCAGGUCCCGCAGGCUGUGGUCCUGCAAGGAUGUGGAUGUCCCGCGAAACUCACAGUUCAGUCACCUAGAUCUUCGGGAUGUCCUUGUCAUAAUGUUAUGAGCUGGGCCGGUUUUGUCUUACCUUAUUGCCGACGCGGCGCGGGAAUUGAACCUACCGGCGUCACGGUUCAUCCCGUGAAGCUCUCGGGUGAGGGCAAGAUGCCAGUGGUAAACGCCAGUGGAGAAGUUUCCAUUUAUGCAACGGCCAGAAGGGUAAAUAAAAAUGAAUCGACUGACGACAAAGCAGCGUAUAACUGCGGCUGUGCCGCGGGAAAUAAAUUGAAUAAUUACGAGAAUGUUGAACCGGUUAUAGAUACUCAACCGGAAGCGAAGCAUGCGAAUUACGUUAACAUCGAUUUUACGCAAUCGCUGGAGAAUUACGAGAACAGCAAGGAUGUUUUAACGAAAAGCAGUAUCUCGCAGGAAGAGAUUGAGAAAUUCGCGGAUCAAUUGAAAGAACCAACGUCCGAAGCGCCGAGCGAUAAUGCUUCGAAGAUUUGCGAGAAGUGCGGUCAUGCGAAGGAAAAGGAAAACGAUUAUUUGGUCAUGGAUCCGGACAAACAGACUUCGAAGAAGUCGUUCCCUGCUUAUUUGCCGAUGCAACCGGUUCACAACGCUUGUUCAAAGGAGAUCUUAUCAAGGCUUUGCAGCGGCAUCAAGAGUUCCAGCAAUCCAACGUUAUCGGGCUCCACGUUGCUCGAGAUGAAUAAGAAGCGUUCUGAUUCGGAGUAUCGUGUGCCAGGAUCGGCGAUGUUGUCUAGCCCGUAUCUCAGACGUCGUUAUCUGGACAUAGGUAAUCCGGUCGCGGAAUCCGGUGGCAGCAUAGGCAUACUUCUCAGGAAACGAUCUUACUCUGCGGAAUCCGCUCAUUAUCUGGACGACGAAAGCCACACUUUUCCGUCCACGCUUACCAUUCACAAGUGCUCAAGCGAAGCGGAUAAGAACUCUUUGAUAACCGGUGAACCGCAUAGUUCGUGCGUCAACUCCGAAAGUAAAAUCAGUAGUAAUCACGAAAGUGGGCCGAUAUUGACGGCCGUGUCUCAGCCGUCGUUCAUCAAGAUUCGACGCUCGUCGUCUGUACCAUCCAAGACCGGGCACAACAGAGAUUCCUCGAGCAGCAACGAUUCCGGCGUCUCUACUGGCUCGUUAAGUCAUCGAGCGACGGAGUUUGUGGAGUUUGAGUUGUCGACACCCGCUGCUUCGACAGUAAAGCAGAAUAUGUUAUCGGUCUGUCGCAAAAGCCCGCCGCCCACGUGUUAUCACAGCAGCCUACCGAGGAAGUCCAAGUCCAGCGAUCCUCUCCGUGAAAUUUCCUUCCAGUUCCAAAAGAUCAAGAUACCAACGAAAUCUUCAUCCGCGGAGGCCGACAUACCCACAUGUUUACCGAAGACCACAAAGGGCUUCAACAGUCCCAGUGAAGUCUCCAAUGCACCUUAUAUCGAUUCACGAAGUACCAGCAGCGGUACUUCCGACAUGUCAGAUUACAUCGAAACUUUAUCGUUGUCCUCGCACUCUUCGUCCGAUACGCCUGACAGCCUCAGAUUAGGAGGCAGAACGGUGGCAACGACUCUUCGACCUCGUAGCGGAAAGGAAUACUACAAGAUCGAUCGAAGUAUCUUGGUGGAACAAGGACGGAUUCUCACAACGGCAUCUGCUAAUUAUGCAAAUAUCACUCCAGUGUUAGAAAAGAGCGAAUCGCCGUCACCUGGUUACAUGAGUAGUUCACCCUUUGAGCAACCACAACCCACUCGUGAGCAUUUUCUAUUCCCCGAAGAAGCUUGAAUGUGUACUAUUGUUUGGGAAGAAUUAAAAACUUGAAGUUCCUAGGAAUUCCAAACAAAUGGGUAAAAGUAUUCACGGUAGAAAUUAUAAUUGGGGCAUUGUGACUAUUUACACUAUACGCGGAUAUCUGGGGUUACAAGCACAUUUUCGAAGUAUCUAUCAUUCGUCACGUACCAAUAUAUACAUAUAUAGUAUAGUAUGCCAAAUAAUCAAAAAUUGAUAGUUCUUAAAAAUACGAAAGCGCCCUUUAACUAAAUUCGGACGUUCGUUUCCUUGAUGUUUUCAUAAAGUCUUCCUCUGAAGAGCACAAUCAUAAUCUAAAAAAUGUAAAAAAAAGAAACAUCAAUCUACAAAAGUCUAGGUACUAGCGUAUAGUCGAAAUAAUGUCAGUAAUCAAACACUUCCUACAACGACUCAAACAAUUUCUAAAAUAUGCUCAAUAAGAAAACUAAUAGUUUGUAUAGUAAGAAUCCUGCCCUAGGGUAAAAGAUAUGCAUCUUAUACUUUAUAUCGUUUUUUAAAUACUUUCUUAUUUUGUAUGAGUAUACUUCUAUAUAGACUAUUGUACAGUCAUCUUUGGAAAAUUGAAUGAGAUUAUAAUAACUCUUAGAAUUUCAAAUCGGAAUUCUUAAAAUUUUAUGGAUGAAUUCAAUGAGAAUUAAGGCAAAACAAAAUUGUAACAUUAGAUCGCAUCCCUUCUUGAGUUUACCAUUUGAGAGCAUUAAACGCUAAAACAAAAACGCGUUGAAUAAUGUUUUUUUUUUAGGCUUCAGGAACUUGAAUUCGAAGCAUAUAGAAUAGGGAUGGCUUCACUGUGACAAAUCUGUAAAAUAUUAAAAACGUAAAAAAUUGCAGUUGGUUAUCUGCAUUCUACAAAGUUUUAAGAAUUCAUAUUUGAAGGAUAUCAUUAGAGAUGGUUUGUUUGUACUGAUUGAAAAAAAUAUCUAUCCAUAUUCUGUACAACCAAAAAAAAUGCACUGAACAUAGUCAGUUGCAUAGCAUUCACAGGGUUUUCAUACUUACAAGUUACUUUUUAAAGAUUAAGAUAAAAUGUUACAGCCUUUAAUGGUCUUCUUUCUAAUGGGACACACAUGGUGUGUGUAAAUACCAUUGUCUCUGGGCAAUCAAAGACGGCACUAUAUAUAGAUUAUAAACAAUAUUUCUGAGAGAAUAAGAUUUACGAAAUGCAUAAAGAUCGAAUUAUUCAAUAGUCGCCAAUAAACAUUUUCGAUUUUAUUGCAACAUAUUUUCUUAAAUUGUUUAUCUUUUAUAUCUCAAUUGCUUUUAUUAAAUUUUAUUGAUACCACGAAGUUAAAUAACUUAAUGCAAAUGGGCAUAACAUAAUAUUUUCCAUUUUGUUUACACGUUUAUUCCAAUUUCAUUUAUUGUUAUAUUGUACUUAAUAGUUCAUAUACUUAAAUAUUUAUUUGUGAUUAAUGUGUGCUGUACACACACAUAUCUAUAAAGCGUUUUACCAAAAAAUAUUUAUUUUUAUUCGAACGGUGCAUGUUCUAUUUAAUAUGUUAGGUACAAAUAGAUAAAUUAUGAAAUUAAGUAAUAUAUUUACAACGAUUAUUUAAGCUAUAUAUCAUAUUCUAUUUCUAAUAUCUUUAUUUAUAAACAUAUAAAUUAUGCAUAUACGAGCACACUUAUUUUGUGCUUUUUUUAUAUCGUUUCUUAUUAUUCUGUUUUCAUGAGAAGAGAUUACAAAUUUAUGAGGAGUUUAAUUCAUAUAAUAUUGCACAUACAGUAAAUAUAUCAUGCUGAGAAAGUUAGCAUAAUAGUGAUAUUAAACGCAAUAAUAAAAUCUUAGAAUUAUACAUUUGUAAGGCCGAUAUAAUGCACAAAAUUCUGUUUUAUAUCCAUUAUACAUUAUUAUGCUACCUGGCAAGUAAAAAUCAAAUAUUUAUGAUCAAAAUCAUAGAUGUUAACAUCAUCAAUCAAUGCAGAUUUGCAAGCAUUGAACUUGCGGGACAAUACAUAUUGUAAGAUGUGAGUGUAGAUUGCAACAGUAUUAAUAACUAUAUACAAAGCACAAAACGAUGUCUUUUGAUGUCUAAGAAAAUAAAAUUGUUAACUUUUUAUUUUCUUAGAUAUUAGAUAUUUUCAAAAAUCUUGUAGUAUGAUGCAAAAUUUUCUUACUGUUGCAGCCUUACUACAUCUUGUUAUAUCAUUCCUUAACUAACAUAUGGAAUUGUUUUUCCAUUAGGCCAAACUUUAACACAUUGUUUCGUAUACGAGAGAAUAUUUUUUACUCUUAAAACUUUAUCCACUUGUGUUCUAUAUACAAUACACUGUUAUAAUAGCAUUAAAUCCGUAAAGUCUAUUGCAAUAUGUAUUAAUUUAGAUUGAAGACAUAUAAUGUUCUUUCACAACGUGUAAAGAUACAUGCAACUGAUUUUAUAUAAAGUAUUAAAAAGUAGUAUUAUUACAAGACUGAGAAAUAGUUGGUGUAAUGACUGGUAGGAAAUAUCUACAGUGCUAGAAUGUAUAAUUUAUAUGUACAGGCCUAUGCGCAAUUGGAAAUUAAUCAUUUGUAAAACCUUCUGUCUGUGCAUUCUCAAAAAAAGGCACCAUUAUCUACCAAACAUACAAAUGAAAAUAUUCUUUUGAUUUUUUUUGUUUUUGUUUAAAGAGUAGAAACUAUACAAUAGUUAACUGCGUCAAAUAGACAGUAGAAGCCUUAAUGAAAUAUUGUAUACAAAAGCGAUUUGUAGAAAAUGAUACUAGGACACAUUGAAUUAUAAGGAAUUUGCAUAUUUCGGUUAGAUAUUUUACGCAAGUAUAAUAAUACACAGGACAAUUGACUUUAUAUUCCUUUAUGUAGUUUUUACAGCCCAGAAAAUUCAUAAAUUGUAAUAUCUUCAAAAAAAUGUAUUCAUAAGAUAGAGAAUCGUCAUUAUAUACCGUGAUCUAUAUGUUUGCGUUUGCGUACGCACACACAUGAGUACAUAUAACAAAUGUGAAAUUGCAUGCAUUUGAGCAGGAGAAUGUGUCGAGUGCGAAAUUUUUUUGCGUAUAUAAAUUUAUUUCACGGAUAAAUUUCUAUUUUCUUUUUUUUUCUUACAGAUUUUGUAUACAAUUGCAUUCGUGCGUUAUUAAUACGUAUAUGUAUAUGAGAUAAAUUCUUAUUUUGAAUCAAUGAUUAAUUAACUUAAAUAUUCCGUCUUAAGUAUCAUAUAUGUGAAGUAGAAAGUCACUUAUAAACACAUGCUAGUCAGGAAUCAAGUACUAUUGUAGUCAUAUAUUUUUACUGCAAGGAAAUUGUAUAUUAUGCAUAGCUUAAAAAUUAAGCACAUAUCCACCGAUUAAUUUCAUUCUUGGAAUUAUUUCCGAGUUCGGAAGAAUUAUGGAUUAAAUAUUUGUUAAUCUAUGAGAAUGGUGAGGAGAAACAUUGUAUUUUAUAUUGAUACAUAACUUUGUGAAGAGUGAUAGUAUAAUAAAAGUAGAUUAAACAGUAAAUAA